AUGCAGCUGCAGUUCCGGAGCUGGAUGCUGGCUGCGCUCACGCUGCUCGUGGUCUUCCUCAUCUUCGCAGACAUCUCGGAGAUCGAAGAAGAAAUCGGGGAUUCUGGAGGCAGAGGUACAAUCAGAUCAGCUGUGAACAGCUUACAUAGCAAAUCUAAUAGAGCUGAAGUUGUAAUAAACGGCUCCUCGUCGCCAGCUGUUGUUGACAGAAGUAAUGAAAGCAUUAAGCACAACAUUCAGCCAGCCUCGGCCAAAUGGAGGCACAACCAGACGCUCUCUCUGAGGAUCAGGAAGCAGAUCUUGAAGUUCUUGGAUGCUGAAAAGGACAUUUCUGUCCUCAAGGGGACCCUGAAGCCCGGAGACAUCAUUCACUACAUCUUCGACCGUGACAGCACAAUGAACGUGUCCCAGAACCUCUACGAUCUCCUCCCCAGGACGUCUCCCCUGAAGAACAAGCACUUCCAGACUUGUGCCAUCGUGGGCAACUCGGGGGUCUUGCUGAACAGCGGCUGCGGGCAGGAGAUUGACACGCACAGCUUUGUCAUAAGGUGCAACCUGGCCCCCGUGCAGGAGUAUUCCCGGGAUGUGGGGCUCAAGACGGACCUGGUGACCAUGAACCCCUCUGUGAUCCAACGGGCCUUUGAGGACUUGGUCAAUGCCACUUGGCGGGAGAAGUUGCUGCAGCGGCUGCACAGCCUCAACGGCAGCAUCCUGUGGAUUCCUGCCUUCAUGGCCAGGGGCGGCAAGGAGCGCGUUGAGUGGGUCAACGAGCUCAUCCUGAAGCACCACGUCAACGUGCGUACUGCAUACCCCUCUCUGCGCCUGCUGCACGCCGUCCGCGGAUACUGGCUGACCAACAAAGUCCACAUCAAAAGACCCACCACCGGUCUCUUGAUGUACACCCUGGCCACACGUUUCUGCAACCAGAUCUACCUCUACGGCUUCUGGCCCUUUCCACUAGAUCAGAACCAGAACCCUGUCAAGUACCACUAUUACGACAGCCUCAAGUAUGGCUACACCUCCCAGGCCAGCCCUCACACCAUGCCUUUGGAGUUCAAGGCCCUCAAGAGCCUGCAUGAGCAGGGGGCUUUGAAACUGACUGUUGGCCAGUGUGACGGGGCCACGUAAGCUGGGCGCCCCAUGGUACUCAGUGGCUCACAUUUCCUGCCAGCUACACCACAGGCAGAUGGGAGUCGGGGUGGUACAAAUUAUACAACAAGCAGGCUAGUGGUUUUCUUUGUUCAAGUGUAAAACAGUGACCAGAAUAUAUAUAUCUAUACCUGCAUA